AGAAUCUUCAUCUUUUUAUAAGUGAGAUCGAUUCACUUGUUGACUAUAAUAGGGGAAGAUCAGAGAAUGCAGUAAUACGUAUAAUAAAUACGUCGAAGUUCUUCGUGCCCUCCUUUCCAGUUGGACGUGCGUACCCAAACUAACGCAUAUGAUACAUCGAAAGAUUAAUACGGAUUUCUGAUAACGGAUACUACCCUCCAAGCUCGGGGGAAAAGGGGAACACCACACAACCACAACCACACAUAUUCUAAUCCACAUUGUCGGGUCUUCAAUAAAACCUGCCGCUUACAAUGGUGCCUAUGAACAAAUAUUGGGAGAUGACAGACUCAACAUCUUCCAUCAACGUGGUGGUAGAGCCAGCCUCACCAUCGGAGAAUUCAUCCGUGGACGCAGGACCAGCGAAACGAAAGCGGGCAAGCAAGCCCAAAGUUCGAACCGGAUGUAUCACUUGCAGAAUCCGACGUGUAAAAUGCGACGAGACAAAACCAAGCUGCACGCGCUGCGAAAGCACAGGCCGAAAAUGCGACGGAUACGGGGGUGCUGCGCCGCCGCGGCAGCGGAAGCGCGCCCCCCAGUCGUCGGUUCCACUUCCACUUCCCCCAUACGCGCCAACCUCUUCACCAAGUCCCUUAGUAUCGCCGACCAAUCUCGACCCGUACCUAUCUAAGCGGCACGGGUACGCAGCCGCGUACCGGCGUAGCGGAUCAAACCUCCGGCCCCUCGCUGCCGAUAUCGAGGGCACGGAGGAAGAACGCUUGUUCUUCCAUCGCUUCCGCCUUGCCGCUGAAGCCGGGCUCGCGAUGCAUGCUUCGAGCCUUGGGCCGGGGUUUUGGCGGAGGUUGGUGCCGCAGGUUGGACAGUCGGAUCCGGCGGUAAGACAUGCGCUUAUUGCGUUAGGGGCUGCGUACCAGAGUGCGCAGUUACGACAGGAGCAGGAGGAGCGGAUGAGGCAGUUGACGGUAGCUACUACGAGUACAGCGACGACAAGAAGUGGGAAGAGUCCUGGGUUAGGUGGUCCCCCGCGAGGUGGUACGCCGGACUCGUAUAUUUCUACGCCACCACCUGAAGACGACGAGAAUCAACGGCAUUACCAACGUCUGGACCAACUUGAGCUGUUUAUGAUUCAGCAGUAUAACUUGUCGAUUUAUCACUUACAACAACAUGUACGCCCCGGCUCGCCGCCUUCUAGCGUCGAGGUGACGCUGAUCUGCUGCCUUGUAUUUGUGUGUGUGGAGACAUCUCGAGGAGACGAGGCGGCCGCUCUGGCACACGUCGCCAACGGUUUACAGAUCAUACAUGCGCUACCGCCAGAUUUUGAGCCUGCGGAAGUACCGGCUACUGUCCAGAGUAGCAGCAGUAUGCCAAGUGCAACAAGUGGAUCACCACCGCGUAUGCUGCGUGCCGACUGGCGCCGCCUUCUCGACUUUUUCUUAGGCCUUGGGCCUAGCGCUGCGACUUAUGGCUUUACGAGUAGCGAGCCGCCAACACCGCCGUGUCCGCCCGUUGGCACGUGGGAGAAUCCAUUGGAGUAUUCGGAUGAGUUGGUGCCGCGAUGGGAUAUUGAUGAUGGUAAAGUGUAAGCAAACAUAAAUCUAGUUUUAAAUAGUAACAAUGAAACAUGAAAAUAAUCGAAGCCGAAUGAUAUCGCGUUUGUGAUUGAGU